AGUUAAAGGAGAUCGUCUUUCGGAGCACAUACAGAGGUUUUGCUGCGAAAAGCAACAUUUCAACAAAACUUGAAAUCCUUUCUUGAUUUUCAGCCGUGGUAUUAUUUAAAGCAAAAUAGUUUUUUUUUGUUUUUUUACCGUAGUGCUUUAGCUGCGGAUUUUCUCAGCUGUGGUUUAGCUUUGAAAACAAAGUGUGGCUUCUCUGCAAAAUUAAAAGCAUGAAGAGUGAAGGAUUGCAUCAUUCAAAUCUGCUGAGUUGGGUCAGGUUUAAAAUUCUUCUUUUGUCUUUGUGGAUACAGCUUUCAUAAUAAAGAACGUGUGUUGCUCUCCCUGGAAUCCUGCAGCAACACUUAUUUUCCUCUGAGGAUCUUGUUUUUUUUCUGAAGAAGAAUUCUUUCUUUCUCUUGGCUCUUAACUUAUACCUCAAAAUCCUUUAUGUGUAAAUUUGAAAUAAGAGGUCUGGACAAAGGUGAUAUCAGCAGAUACUCUCAGAUCUGUUCUUUUUUUUGACCAACAUGGAAUGCUCAGCUGCGAUUGCUAAAGCCUGGACCAACUCUAGGAGCAAGUGGUCCCGAAACAGGAGGUCCUCCGCACAACAGCCAUGGGGGCUGCUGAACAGCGGCAGAUGUGGUAGAGAUGUGUCUGCAUCAUCUCUCCUGCACAGCUUACUGAUUCCCUGGUGCUGUUGCCAGUCUCAGGAGAGGAACACACAGUUGUGUCAGAAAUGGAGAGACUGUCCAGUGGAUGGAACAGAGAACCAAAGGGGAAAACAUGAGCAAGAUGAGGUAGAGGAACUCGGGCCGCCGCCUUCUGUAGACGAAGCGGCUGACGCGCUGAUGACCCAGCUGGGCUUCCUUCUGGGAGAAAAGGUCAGAGUUGGAGAACCCUACUUGCCUAACCAGAGCCAGGGUGAUGGACAGAGGAUGUCUCCUUCCUCCAGUCUGGCAAGCAGCAACACUUCCCCCUGCUCCACUAUGCAGCCUCCUGUGGGGGAAGGUGGUAAUAAUAACAGCAAACAGCCCUUCUCCUACUGUGCCUCCGUCACCUCCCCCUCCUCUACACUGGAGAGCAGAGACAGUGGAAUCAUGGCAACGCUGACCAGCUAUUCUGCCGAGACAGUUCCAGAGCCGGAGGAUGGAGCAAGGCAGUCCAUUGACAGUUGCCAUGGUAGCAACCCCUGGCAGCAGGAAGGCCGACCGGUGGUGGCCUCAGUUUCCACCGUGUGCGUAAGAGAUGGAAGUCAACCCAACAGCAGCUCGCUGUACUGGAUAGAGGACAGCUUGUCUGCUUCCACCUACAGCCUAAACAAGCUCAAUCCACACCAAGGACCAAACUCUUCAUACUUUUCUGGAUCUAACCACUUCAUCACUCUUAACCUUAUUCCCCGCCCCAAUUCGGUUGCAGCCACAGGUUCAGCCCGCCUUGAAGAUCUAAGCUAUCUUGAUGAACAGCACAGGAAUCUUCCCCCGAAGAGGCUACUUCGAAUGGCAAGACAGAACUCUAGGCGUGGCGGUCAGCAGGACCACAUAGUUGAUUUUACUCCGUCUCUACACCUGAAACCGCUCCAUUUCGAGGUUCCCGGCCUGCUGUCGAAUCGCCUCUUCACAGGUAGAGAGUGGCUCUUCCAGGAAGUUUACACCUGUUUGCGCAGCAAUCACCCAACAACCAACAGGGGCAUCAUAAUCACUGGUAACAUGGGCUUUGGAAAGACGGCAAUUAUUGCACAGCUGGUGGACCUCAGCUGUCAUGGACACCGCAUGAGGCUGACAACUGCUGACACUGUAACAAAACAUGGAGAAUCUGAUUCAAUCUCAUAUGAAUCUCCUGGAAGAGGAGGAGAGACGGGGGGAGAAGAUGAAAGAGAAAGAAGCUGUCCAGAAACUCCAGAAAGAAGAACACAGGAGGAGGCAUUAAAAAGGCUAGCUAAACGGGUAGUGUCUUAUCACUUCUGUCAGGCUGAUGACUGUCGUACUUGUCUAGUUCCUGAGUACGUCCAUAACAUGGCAGCCAUGCUGAGUGCUGCCCCUCAAUUGGCCGCCUAUCGAGAACUGUUACAUCGUUCACCACAGCUGCAAAGCAUGCUCAAUCUACGCUACUGCAUUCAGGAUCCGACUUCAGCCCUACAGAAAGGAAUACUAGAACCCCUGGAUACUCUGCACAAAGAGAGGAAAAUUACCAAUGAUGAGGAAGAAUUUAUUGUACUUAUUGAUGGGCUUAAUGAGGCUGAGUUUCACCGGCCUGAUUAUGGAGAUACAAUAGCCUCCUUUCUCUCCAAAAACAUUCAGAAAUUUCCUCCAUGGUUGAAGGUCAUUGUUACUGUCAGGACCAGUCAGCAGGAGAUUGUUCGCUCUCUACCUUUUCACCAUAUUUCUCUGGACCAGAAGGAGAAAAAUGCCAUAGACCAGGACCUGCAGACGUACUUGAUGCACCGUAUCCACAACAGUCCUGAGAUUCAGAGCAACGUAUCACUUGGCAAUGGUCGCCUUGACAGCACAGCACUGACCAAGCUCAUCAGCCACUUUAAGAGCUUGAGCAAAGGCUCUUUUCUCUACCUGAAACUCACACUUGACCUAAUUGAAAGAGGUUAUCUUGUUCUGAAGAGUUCCAGCUUCAAGGUGGUUCCGGUGACUCUAGCGGAGGUGUACCUGUUGCAGCUUAACAUGCGAUUCCCUACACAGUCAGCUUUUCAAAGAGUGCUGCCUCUACUCAAUGUGACUGUGUCUUCCCUUCACCCGCUGAGCGACCAGCAGCUGUUUGAAGCGGUGAACGCAGGUUGUCUCACUGAAGAGAAAAUCCAGAAGGGGGAGUUCAUGCAGCGGCUAGAGCAGCUCUCUUCUUUCCUGCUACGGAGGAGUGAUGGCAGCAGGGUGCUUAACCAUGCCUCCUUCAGGGAGUGGCUAGUUUGGAGGGAGGAGGGACAGGAUGACAGGUUUCUCUGUGACCCAAGAAGUGGACACACCUUGCUGGCGUUCUGGCUCUGCAGACAGGAAGGAAAGCUAAGCCAACAGCAGACGCUGGAGCUGGGGCAUCACAUUCUGAAAGCUCAUAUCUACAAGGGUUUGAGUAAGAAGCUUGGAGUGUCCUCCUCUGUUCUUCAGGGGCUGUGGAUGUCGUACAGCACAGGAAGCCUUAGCCCUGUUCUUUCAUCGCUUCGCAACCUCUACACUCCCAAUAUAAAGGUGAGCAGACUCCUGAUUAUGGCUGGAGCGGAUGUGGAUUACCAAACCAAUGUCAGCAAUGGUGCUCCCUUACUGUGUGUCCAUUCUCACCUCGGCCACAAAGAUGCAGUAGCACUGCUGCUGGACCAUGGAGCUCACGUGGAUGCUAAGUCAAAUGAUGGUUUAACUGCCCUGGGAUUUGCUGCUGCAGCCGGUCACUUGGACAUUGUCACAAUGCUUUGUCAACACAAGGCCAAGGUUGGACAUGUGGAUAAUUCAGGCCGGUGCAUUCUGGUUCUAGCAGCCCAGCACGGUCACCUUGAGGUGCUGCGCCUCCUGUUGAAGAGCCCUGAGUGGAAUUGCACUUCCUGCUGUAGAGGAAUGAGCCGGAGCCAGGCCGUCCAACAGACACUGGUGGCAGCAGCCAGCAUGGGGCAUUCAGAGAUUGUGUCAUACCUCCUGGAUCUUCCAGAGGAAGAUGAGAAAGAGGAGCAGAGACCUGAGAUUAACUCAUAUGAUUGUGUCUGGGGAGAGACGGCUCUGACUGCUGCAGCAGGACAUGGACAGCUUCCUGUUUGCAGGCUUCUGCUGGAUCAAGGAGCUGCUGCUGAGCAAAGCAACAGACAGGGCGUCACUCCGCUCUUCAGCGCCGUGAGAAACGGCCACUGCCAGGUGGCGCAGCUGUUGCUGAACCACGGCGUUGAAAUUAAUCUGGUUGACCUGCAUGGUCGAACAGCUCUGAUGACGGCAGCCUCAGAAGGACACAUCACCUCCGCAAAGCUUCUAUUGGAUCAUGGAGCCUCUCUGGACCAGACUGACAAAGAAGGCUUGACGGCACUAAGCUGGGCGUGCCUUAAAGGCCAGUUUUCAUUGGUCAGAGAGCUGGUGCAGAGAGGGGCAGCCGUCAACCAUGCUGACCGCAGUAGUCGCACUCCUCUGGACCUGGCUGCAUUUCGUGGGGAUCCUGACGUGGUGCAGUAUCUAGUUGAUCAUGGAGCGUUGGUGGAACACAUGGACUGCAGCGGGAUGCGCCCUCUGGACCGAGCCGUAGGCUGCAAAAACACUUCAGCAGUCAUUGCUCUUCUCAAGAAGGGAGCCAAGAUCGGACCUGCAACCUGGGCCAUGGCCACUUCCAAGCCCGACAUUUUAAUGGUGUUGCUCAGUAAAAGGAUCCAGGAAGGAGACAAGCUGUACAAGGAAGGAAAUUUAAGAGAAGCUGCUCAGUCCUAUCAGUCAGCCCUGCAGAAGUUUCCAGGAGAUGAGCUAAAGACUUUCAAACAGCUUAAAGUGUGCGUGCUGCUCAAUCUAUCCCGCUGCUGUCGCAAAAUGAACGAUUUCGGCCGUGCUGAAGAGUUAGCUACAAAAGCUCUGGAGCUGAAAUCCAAAUCCUAUGAAGCACUUUACGCCCGAGCCAGAGCUAAACGAAGCCGCAGACAAUUCCAUGCGGCAUUGGAGGACCUGAUUGAGGCCAGCCGUCUGUGUCCUUCCAACAGGGAAAUUCAGCGACUGUUGUCCAGAGUGAAAGAAGAGUGUCGGCAAGUUGCACAGCAACACGACCUUCCUUCCUCUAUUCAACACCAGGUGGCGAUAUCCAUCAGCGAAGCGCAGUGCCGGGAUUCAGACCGUCUGCAGGUGCAGGACAAGGAAAGCUUUAACCCACAAGAUAAGAAAGAGGAAGAGGAAAAAGAUGAAGAUUACAAGGGAGAUAAAGACUGUUCCUUCCUACAUGCUGCUAAAGCACUUCAAAGUCCAGAAACCCACGGCUGCUCCAGAGAGAAAUCACCAUCUUCUCUGUCCCCUACUCACAUGCAUCAGCACCUUUCUAGUCCCACCCAUUCAACAAACCUCUCCCAUCCCAGUCAGUCUUUGCCUCCUCCUUCUUCCCUCUCCUAUGCCCACAUUGAUUUCCCAUCAUCCCCAAUGCAGCAUCCACACAGAGCCGGCAUAAUGUCUGAAAGUAGAGGUCAGUACACCUUUCAAAACGUCUCAGGCCUGAGCCCAGAAGGUCCGAAUGAGGGUGCACAGCAGAACUAUCCUGUGUCCAAUAAGAGAUCCCUACCGAAGCACAGUCGUCCCCAAGGCCAGUGGCUCCACAACACCAAGGCUGAGGGGAGCUUAAGCACUCAGCUUAGCUCCUCGGCUCCUUCCGGUAUUGUUUUGGAUAGUUCUGCUUACUCCCAUCUUGCCCAUCUUCCUGAAGAGUUAGAAGAAUUGGGAAAAGGCUUUUAUGCGAGCCCGUUCAAUGCCAAUCCACAAGUUCGAGGCGGCGUUGGAGAUUUGUAUGCUUUAGAUAACGCAGAUGUUGAACCUGUUUGCCAAACCAGAGCAACCCCCACAUAUGGCCAAGGUACAGAAGUUGGAGUAAAUAGUUUUAGUCAGUCCCGACAACUCAGCCGCAACCAGUCCAAAGCAGCUUACUACCCAAUGGAAGUUACUGAGGCUGGGAUGGGGCAUAAAUCAUUCAAAGACUUUCACUACCACCAGGGUGGACUUUGUCGCCCUCUCAGUGCCCACCCUACCUCCUGUGCUCCUCCUAGGUCUCUGGUCCACUCCCAUAGUGUGAAUGUGCGUUUUUCUUCUAGCAAUGGAAGUCUUGCCAGUGGGAUGCACCCUAAUCAAGGCCAAAGUUUUCGAACCUCCUCCUCUGCCCAGCAAAUGGAUCUACCUCCAAAAUCCAAAGGUGUUUAUGAUGAUACUCAUGAGCUCCUUCCCGAUUCCUCUCCUGAGUCAGAAGAACUCUUAACCAGAAACAUGAUUUUCAUGGGAGUAACAGACAAGAGAGUCCGAGCGCAACAGCAGGUUCCUUCAAGUUCAGCAUCUUGCAUCAACCCCUCUCGUUCCUGGGUUGUUUCUUCAGUUGACAUGGUUGUUACCUCACCAACUAAAAGCCCUGCCGACCACAAGGCUCUGACUCCAGAAACACCAUCAUGUAUUGCCUAUUUCAACCGGAGCAACAACAACGCACACAACCUGCGCCACGAAAACCAAAUGGACUUCUAUAAAGGAGUUCCUCAAAGCAGCCGAUGGCGGGAAGUUUCAGGACGCGUAAAAGGUCAGCAACCUUCCUAUGUUGACGUGAAGGUCGCCCGAACAAUGCCGGUUGUCCAAAGCUGCCCCGACAGGUUGACAGAAAGGACGACUGUACCUUCCUCCCCGGUCAAACCAAAAAGACCCUUUAUAGAGUCCAAUGUCUAAUAAGGAACAUAAACAUUAAACAGGCGAAGAGGAAUUUAUCUACCAGUUUAUUCCAAGAGAUCCCAGCUGUCUCUUAUGGUGCUCAAUCAGAUUUCUGUUGCACUUAACUGGAAGGGACUAUUUAUUUUAUUUGGAGACACAA